ACACUAUGAAACUGCACACAUGUGUAGUGUUGAAAGAUGGAAGUCAACACUGGUCAAAUAUUUCUGUCUAUGGCAUGUAUGAGGGUGCCGACAACAUGGAAAACCUCCACAUAUUCCAUUUUCCCCUCCUGGAUCAAUUACGAAAACUACAAAGAUCUGACAAGUUCCUUAUUGGACUACAAGGGGACAUGGCCUACGUCUCAGCCAUGAUUGGCCACCAGGCCCAAAGUGCCUACUGGCCAAGUAUAUUCAGAAUGGUGCCGAGGGAGCACCUGUUCCAUUAUCAUAAGAAUGGAUCUCCUCACAAUCCAAGCAAUCAAGACUGCAUGUUCGAAUGGCGAACACCUACAAGUCUUCACCAAGACCUGUUGGCCAGUGAGGCGGACAAUCUGUCCAGAAAUGCAAGAGAGAAAGGAGGGUGGCAUGGAUCCAUGGCAGGAAGGCCUGCCUUUAAACCUUAUCAACACAUUCUGGAGGUUUUGCCGUCCAAUCUUCAUUUGGUUUUAGGAAUAGGAGGUUCAGUAAUUGACAACCUCGAGGACAAUUUAGGAAUUGUUAUUGUCCCCUUUCACAAGACAAAUUCAAGCAGUUUACCCUAA